UUUUAAUAUGCAUGUAUUUUAGUCCAUGUAAAGAUGUUUUCUUUUUCAAUUUUUGUUGUUUCUUUAAAAAAUUGAAAAGAAAAAAGAAAAAUACACUGUUUUUUAUUGAGCAGUGGUUAUUGCGAUUCUGUAUACAAUCAUAGUAUGAUAUUGUUGUCUAUUUCCAUCAAACAACAAUGGCGGAGCUCAGUUUUUUGCUGGGGAUUUUAGGUAAUAUCUCCGCAUUUCUAAUUCUGCUUUCGCCUAUAGGAACUUUCGCGAGGAUAGUGAAGAAGCGAUCGACCGAAGAUUUCUCGAGCUUCCCAUACAUAUGUAUGGUGCUGAAUGCGUCGCUGUGGACUUACUACGGAAUCAUCAAACCAGAUGCAUUGCUUACUACCGUCAAUGGAUCCGGCGUCGUUAUCUCCACCGUCUAUCUCUCUCUCUAUCUCGUAUUUGCUCCUCCGAAGGCUAGGGUGAGGACGGCGGCGGUAGCGGCGGUGAUGGAUGUAGGGAUUGUGGCGGCGGCGAUAUGGGUGAGUGGGUGGGAAUUGGAGGGAGAAUCGAGCAUCAGUUUUACUGGGUUUCUGUGUGCAUGUUUCAACCUUCUUCGCUACGCUUCCCCUUUGUCUAUCAUGAAAGAAGUGGUGAUGACAAAGAGUGUGGAAUACAUGCCACUCUUGCUCUCAAUUUGCCUCUGCGCCAACGGCCUUAUUUGGGCUAUUUAUGCCAUGUUAGUUCGUGACAUUUUUCUCCUAGUAAGUCUCCUAUUUGCUUUACUUUAUUUUUUUACAUUGUUAAUUGUGUCUAGAUACACGAAUUUUCAUCACAUUAAACUAAAACUUCUUCCUCCAAAUACACGAAGUUUUAGUUAUUCUGAUUUUUCACGCGCUUGUCAAUUGUCCACUAAUCAAUAUUGAGGUGAACGCUUGAAAUGUCUAGAUAGCUUAAACGACUGAUGUACUAAGCUACGUAGUUGAAUAUUUACUUCAUUUCAGCUACGCACAAUGACAUUAAUUUUUCGAAAAUUGAUAGUUAUAUAAAAAAUCAAAAUAAUUUAAUAUUCUGCAAAUAGCAAUUCAAGUAUUUAUAUAUAAUUACUCCUUUCUUUGCAUUAACCCUCUCAAAUUAGAAUUCUUUGAAUAAUGUGGUUCCAUAUUAGUUAGAAUUUCAUACCUUUGAGUAAAUUAUUAGCAUGUGAUAUAAGACUUUGAGAUAGAGAAUCUCCUUUGGCUCGAUAACUUCACAAUUUUUUAUUUUAUUUUUUAUUUUUUUAGAUGCAAAUUAUGAUUGAAAAAGAUAAUAUGGCAUAAUGUGUUGUAUAUAAAUGAAGGUACCGCAUAGCAUGGGGUUUGUACUCGGAGCAUCGCAGUUAGUACUCUAUGCUAUGUAUAGAAAAGCAAAGUCAUCAAAAUCAAAUAGUGGAAUUGGUGAUUUGGAAGAGAGAUGUGAACAUCACCAACAACUCCUUAUUCCAUCUCACAAUUGAUUAUUCAUUAUGUAACACCUAUUGAAGAAAUGUUACUUAUAGACAUUUUUUUUA